AUGACCGAGGCUACUCUUCACAACGCCCCUAUCGUCAUCGACAAUGGCAGCGGUACGAUCCGUGCCGGGUUCGCUGGUGAAGAAAUCCCCUCAUGCUACUUCCCGUCAUUUGUCGGUCGGCCAAAACAUCCCCGGGUCAUGGCCGGCGGUCUAGAAGGGGACGUCUUUAUCGGACAACGAGCCCAGGAAUUGCGCGGCCUGAUGAAAAUCCGCUAUCCGCUGGAGCACGGGAUAGUGACGGACUGGGACGACAUGGAGAAAAUCUGGCACUACGUGUACGAGAACGAGCUCAAAACGCUGCCGGAAGAGCACCCCGUCCUCCUCACCGAACCGCCGCUCAAUCCGCGCAAGAACCGCGAUAUAGCUGCCCAGAUCAUGUUCGAGACUUUCAACGUUCCUGCUCUCUAUACCUCUAUUCAGGCUGUGCUGUCUCUUUAUGCUUCCGGGCGGACGACCGGUGUUGUUUUGGAUUCAGGGGAUGGAGUCUCACAUGCGGUUCCGGUGUUUGAGGGCUUCGCAAUCCCUAAUAGUAUUCGAAGGAUAGAUGUUGCUGGGAGAGAUGUAACAGAACAGUUACAACUGCUGCUUCGGAAGACCGGGCAUGUGCUCCAUACCAGUGCUGAAAAGGAGGUGGUACGGAUGAUCAAGGAGAAAGUCUGCUACGUUUCUCUGGAUCCUAAGCGGGAGGAGAAGGAAUGGAUGAAUAGCUACAAGUCGGAAUCAAAGCACGCGGACUAUGUCCUGCCGGAUGGGCAUAAGAUCAAAAUCGGCCAGGAACGUUUCCGUGCUCCUGAGAUCCUCUUUGACCCCGAGCUCAUUGGCCUCGAAUAUCCUGGUGUGCACCAGAUCGUUCAAGACGCCAUUAUCCGUACGGAUCUCGACUUGCGCAAGUCGCUUUACCUCAACAUUGUCCUCUCCGGAGGAUCAACGCUCUGCAAGAAUUUUCCAGACCGCUUGAUGCGCGAGAUCAAGCGGUUGGCUGUGGAAGACAUGAAGAUUCGUAUCUCUGCACCUGCUGAGCGAAAGUACACGACCUGGAUUGGCGGAGGUAUUCUUGCUGGACUGAGCACGUUCCGAAAGAUGUGGGUUAGCGCAGACGAGUGGCAUGAGGACCCUGAGAUUAUUCAUCGGAAGUUUGCUUAA